AUGGCUUUCUUCGAUGCUCGGAAAUUCGAUAUCCUCCCUCAGUCCGACAAACAGCUAGCGUUAGACGCUGCCCGCUUCUACGAGGUGCGCAAUCGCCUCGCACAAGACCUGGGACAACAAAGCAUCAACAUGAAGUUGAUUUGGUCCCAAUUUUGUCCCGAUCAGAUGGAAAUCAACCAAAUCAAAAAGGAGUUGACCUCCUUGACCGAAAGGCUAGAGGAACUGCUCAUGGUCUCCCAGCUCCCGCUGGGCGAUCGAUCGCAACAAUGUGCCGAACGACGACAAAAUGGGACUAUCAUCUGUCUCCACUACAUAUUUCGCAUGAUUGAGAUCCCCGAUGGCUUUGGAGAGUGUGCACUGGCAUUGGACUUUAUUAGAAAGUGCGUGGGAGGCAUCCGCCUGAUCGGGUUCUGUGACGAGACUGCCGAUGAUAUGGAUCGUCAGGCACAAGAUCUUUGGAAUAAGCACAUUCCUGGCAGGGGAGAUAUUUUGACGAGAGUCAUGAGAUGUUUCAAUAUUGGGGAGGACCUUAAUAUUCUUAUUCCAAACAUGUACUCUGCUGACCCCUACUGUGGCUGCCCUUGGUGCCGGGGACAUGUACUCUGCUGA